AAUUGCACGUUACAAAAGUACAUAUCUGUCAACAGUUCCAACAGGUGUUUAUGUGUUUGUGCUUACUUCUCUUGCGAUGAGUGACGAUUCAGACUACGAAUUAGAAGGAUUCGGCGACACGGAAAAUGAUAUCGGUGUUUAUGACGGAGACCGGAACGCUGACGGAGCAAGACAUGGACAUGGGAAAGCGUGUUUUCCUAACGGAGAUAUUUAUGAGGGAGAAUACGAGGAUGGAAAGAGAAAUGGCUGCGGAUCAUACAAAUUUAAAGCUGCAAAAUAUGUAGGUAAAUAUUCUAAUGGCAAGAGGCAAGGAGAUGGACAAAUGUAUUAUCCAGAUGGUAGUACAUACAACGGACAGUGGAAUGAUGGAGAUAAAAAUGGUGUUGGUGUAUAUACAUAUCCUAACGGAGAUGUUUAUGAAGGAGAAUGGAAAGAUGAUCAGAAGCACGGAAAAGGAGUAUACACUUAUAAAAGUACUGGAACUCAGUUUAAAGGUCAUUGGUCUCAAGGAGUUCGCGAAGGACAUGCUGAAUGGAUAAAUAACGAUCAUUCUUACAAAGGGUACUUUCGAAACGAUCAACCUUUUGGGCGUGGUUAUUUUCUAUUUAAUAAUGGGUGCGAACAACAUGGUUACUUCAAAGUCACAAAUUUUGUUGAGAAAGUGGAUAAAGUGAUGGAAUUGGUUGGACGUGAAACACAAUGGACGAGCACUGCACUUGUUCCCAGUCCACCAAAAACAUUGCCGAAAAAAGACAAGUAGACUUAUGAUUACCGUCUUUUCUAACAGUAUAUUAUGUAUUCUAAAAAAAUGUGUUCUAACUGUACCACAUUCCAUCGUUAAAUUAUACCGACCUCUAGUCUCACACCAGCGUUUAUUAACGUUUUUAUCAAGUAAUUAGAUGUU